UUAUCCAGGACAGGGCUAUGAGUCCAGGUUUGCAUUAGAUAUCGGCCUAUUAGCCCAAAUAUCACGGUUUGAUCGUUUUGAUUGCUGCGGCCUGUACUCUUUCUGCUUCGGAUGUCGCAUUUCUUUGCAACUCGAAGAGAAGAGAACUAGAGAAGUUAUCGAUGUCGUUGGCAGCGAUUCGAUGGGAGAAGGUUAGGAGUAGCAUUUGUUUGAAGAGCCCAUUGAGGAGAUAUUUAUGGGUUUCGAGCAGAUCCUUAAUAGAGAGAGCGGCCAAAGAAGGGGAGCUAAGAAUAUUCAUUGUUGCAGGAGAGGUUAGUGGAGAUACCAUUGGUUCUCGUCUUAUGGCUUCCUUGAAGAAGCUUUCUCCUGUUACUAUCCGUUUCUCUGGUGUAGGCGGGUCCAUGAUGUCCAAGGAAGGUUUGAGAUCCUUGUUUCCCAUGGAGAAUAUUGCAGUAAUGGGAAUCUGGGAGUUAUUGCCACACCUUUAUAAUUUCAGAGUAAAGUUGAAGGAAACUGUGGAGGCUGCAUUCCAGUUCCAGCCUCAUGCAGUUGUGACAGUGGACUCCAAGGGUUUUUCUUUCCGUCUCCUUAAGCAGUUACGUGCUAGAUACAAUGAGCAAAGGUCAGAUGGUCCAGUACACUUUCAUUAUGUGGCACCAUCAUUCUGGGCAUGGAAAGGGGGUGAAACAAGACUCAAAGGCCUAGCUAAAUUUGUGGAUCAUGUGUUCUGUAUACUUCCAAAUGAGGAAGCAGGUUGUCAAUCAAAUGGACUGGCUGCAACCUUUGUUGGUCACCCCAUUCUGGAAGAUGUUUUAGAACUGAACAUGGGAAAGGAAACCACAUUGCAUGGGUGGAAGAUAAGAGGAAAUGGUGAAGAUUUUCAAAAAAAAUAUGCCAUACCUUCAGAAACGACAGUUAUUUCCUUGUUACCUGGAAGCAGAUUACAAGAGGUCACUAGAAUGCUUCCCAUCUUUUCAAACACAAUGAAACUAUUAAAAGACUCUUUCCCUGAGUUGAUAACGGUCAUCCAUGUGGCACCUAAUCAACUGGUGGACAACUAUAUUACUAGCGCCAUUCAUAAGUGGCCUGUACCUUCUAUAUUGAUUCCAGGAGGAGCCCCACAACUGAAAUAUGAUGCAUUCAAUGCUAGCCGAGUUGCCUUAUGUACUUCUGGAACUGUUGCUAUGGAGCUGCAGCUUGCAAGGUUACCUUGUUUAGUUACGUAUCGAGCCCAUCUCCUUACUGAAUGGUUCAUUCGCUACAAAGCAAAGAUACCAUACAUCUCACUUCCCAAUAUCCUCUUGGAUUCACCUGUUAUUCCUGAAGCUUUAUUUCAAGCAUGUACACCCACUAAAGUAGCAUUCUCACUCAAGGAAUUGAUGAACAAUAUAGUACUCCAACAGCAACAAAUUGUAGCUGCUGAGAAAGUCAUGGAACUCUUAUGCCCACCGAACAUAACUGUAAACAACUUGGAACAGCAGGGUAGUUAUACUCCAAGUUUGAUUGCAGCAUCCACCAUACUUAGCUAUGGGCAGAGAUGACGGCUAGCUCAACCAUUAUCAUAUGUUCAAAACUUGAUAAAUGUUUGAAACUGUGAUGAGAAUGAACUUGCAUCAUCAAACUAUACCAUAGGACACAGUUGGAUUAGUCAAGUCAAUAGCAACAUGGCAAAUUUAGGCCAUAGGCAUUGCUAUAUCUUAAACCGUAUGUUUUUUCGAUUAUAUUGGAUUAUAUGAGCAAUAUCAUU